ACGGUCACGACCAAACAUUAAAUGUUAAGAGCGCCACGUGGUUUCAAUCUCAACUGAACGACGUGGAAAGUGCCUAGACUGACUUUUACACCUAUUAACUUGUACAUCGUAUCAACAAAAGCGCAUUUAACUACAAGAAAUUUAGUGUGUAUGUGCUUAUCCACACACACUAGCUGCCAGCAGCCAGGAUCAAACUUCUGACCUGCAUCUUUUUAAUGGUGGUACACGUGGCACCCAAAUGGACUACACCACAGAAUUAAAGCAUGUAAAUGGGGCCUAAACGGGAUAGAAUUAGGACGGGCUCAAUAUCUUAACGGUAGAUUUUUUAGAAUAUGAACCUAGUACCAUACGAUGCUGUACAGUUGCCUAAAGAAGAAGAAGACAAGGCUAUGGCUGUUAUUAAUGAAUCUGAACAUUCAAGGAAAAUCAGUUUGGAAACGCUUAGAAACAUGCUUAAAGAUAAAGAAUUCAAGCCAUCUCUAGAUAAGGAAUUUUUAUUGGCGUAUUUACGAGCUUAUGAAUUUGACUGUGACAGAACAGCACACUGUAUGCAAACAUACUACGAACUCGUAAGGGAUAAUCCUGAUUACUACAAAACGUGUGUUUUAGAUGCAUUGCCAAAAGCAUACCUAAAUCCUUUUGAGAUUUCCCCCUUCAGAAUGAAAGACAACAGUCUCCUACUUAUAGCACAGUAUUUUAAAAUCGAUGUAGCUGAGUUACCUCUAACGGAAAAAGUAUACCUGGACGCUGUUUCUCACUUUUAUCUUAUGCAAAAUCCUAUCAAUCAAAUUUGUGGAUUUACUGUUAUAUCAGAUGUUGUUGAUUUAAUGUUAUCCAAACUUCCCCAAUACGCCAACUACAACUGGAUUAGGUUAGGCGCAAGGGCAGUACUGAAUUCUCCUUGCCGGGUUAAAAAAAUCCAUGUCGUAAAUGCAUCUGAAGGAUUUUUAUCUGCAUAUAAAGCAUUAAGUCCACUUAUGCCAAAGAAAAUGGUUGAUAUGCUUCAGUUUCAUUCCGACAGCACUGAGUUUAAAGAUCUUCAUGAGUUCGUACCUCCUGAAAUACUUCCUGAAAAAUACGGAGGACAUUUAAAAGAAUGUGAGCUUAUAAAUGGAAUGAAGAACAUACUUCAAAUGGAAGAUUACUAUAGAAAAUAUUUUCCUCUUUGACAGAAGGAACUGAAACGUCCGGAUUAAAGAGCGAAUGUAUAAAUGCCAUUGCAUUUCUGCUUUUCCAAAACUGUGAAAAAAUGUCGUGCACUCAAUUUUUGGUACUUAUAAGAAAGAGUUGAAUAAAAUUAGAA